UGUUUUUGGUGCUUAGCUUUUUGAGUUCUUUAUAUACCCUAGAGAUUAGUGUUCUAUCUGAUGUGUGAGGGAUAAAGAUUUGCUCCUAAGAUGUCGGCUCUCUAUUCACCUCACAGAUUGUUUCAUUUGCUGAGAAGAAACUUUUUAGUUUGAAUCCAUCCCAUUUAUUAAUUUUUUAUUUUAAUUCUUAUGCUUUAGGAGUCUUAUUAAGGAAGUUGGGGCCUAAUUCCACGUGAUGGAGAUUAGGACCUACUUUUUUUUCUAUUAGAUGAAGGGUCUCUGGUUUUAUUCCUAGGUCCUUGAUCCUCUUUAAGUUUAGUGCAUGGUGAGAGAAAUGGGUUUAAAUUCAUUUUAUUGCAUAUGGAUUUCCAGUUUUCCCAGCACCAUUUGUUAAAGAGGCUAUCUUUUCUCUUAUGUAUGUUUUUGGCACCUUCAUCUAAUAUAAGAUAACUGUAGUUAUGUGGGUUAGUCUCUGUGUCCUGUAUUCUGUACCAUUGGUCUACCAGUCUGUUUUGGUGCCAAUCCCGUGUUGUUUUUGUUACUAUUGCUCUGUAGUAUAGUUUAAGGUCUGAUAGUGAUGCCACCUACUUCCCUCUUCCUGCUAAGAAUUGCUUUAGCUAUUCUGGGUCUCCUAUUUUUCCAGAUGAAUUUCUUGACUGCUUUUUCUAUUUCUAUGAGGAAUGUCUUUGGGAUUUUGACUGAAAUUGCAUUAAAUCUGUAUAGUGCUUUUGAUAGUAUGGUAAUUUUGAAAAUAUUAAUUCUGCCUAUACAAGAGCAAGGUAGAUCUUUCCAUCUUCUAAGGUCUUCUUUGAUUUCUUUCUUUAGGGCUCUGUACUUUUCAUUAUAUAGAUCUUUCAUCUCUUUCAUUAAGUUGAUUCCCAAGUUGUUGUUGUUGUUGUUGUUGUUGAGGCUAUUGUAAAUGGGGUAGUUUUCCUCGUUUCCCUUUCUGCAAGUUUGUCACUGAUAUAUAGAAAUGCAUUUGAUUUACAGGUGUUGAUUUUAUAUCCUGCUACAUUGCUGAAUUUAUUUAUUAAUUCUAGAAGUUUUCUGGUGGAACAUUUUGGGUCUUCUAGGUAUAGAAUCAUAUCAUUGGCAAGUACUGCUAGUUUGAGUUCCUCUUUUCCUAUGUGUAUCCCUUUAAUUUCUGUCGUCUGUCUAAUUGCUCUGGCCAGUGUUUCAAGAACUAUGUUAAAUAGAAGUGGUGAAAGAGGGCAUCUCUGUCUUGUUCCAGUUUUUAGAGGGAAUGAUUUCAAUUUUUCUCCAUUUAGAAUGAUGUUGGCCUGGGGUAAGAUAGCCUUUAUGAUGUUGAAAUAUGGUCCUAUUAUCCCUAGUUUUUCUUGUGUUUUGAGCGUGAAGUGGUGCUCUAUUUUGUCAAAUGCUUUUUCUGCAUCUAUUGAGAUGACCAUAUGAUCUAUUGAGAUGAUCAUAUGAUUGAUCAUAUGAUUGAUGUGAUGAAUUACAUUUAUUGAUUUCCAUAUGUUGAACCAACUUUGCAUCCCUGGGAUGAAUCCCAUUUGAUUGUGGUGCACUAUCUAUUUGAAAUGUUUUUAUUUUCAAUUUGCCAGAAUUUUAUUGAGAAUUUUUGCAUCUAUGUUCAUUAGAUAUAUUGAUCUGAAGUUUUCUUUUUUUGAUGUGUCUUUACCUGGUUUUGGAAUCAGGAUGAUAUAGGCCUUACAGAAUGAGUUUGGAAAUGCUGCCUCUUUUUCUAUUUCCUAAUAUAAAUUGAAGAGUAUUGGUAUUGGUUCUUCUUUAAAGGUCUUGUAGAACUUGGCUGUGCAUCCAUCCGGUCCUGGGCUUUUCUUGGUUGGUAGGCUUCUGAUGGUAUCUUCUAUUUCAUCGCUUGAAAUUGAUCUGUUUAUAUAGUGCAUAUCAUCCUGAUUCAAUUUGGGCAAAUCAUAUACUCUAGAAAUUUGUCAAUGCCUUCUAUAUUUUCUAUUUUAUUGGAGUACAAGUUUUCAAAAUAAUUUCUAAUUAUCUUCUGUAUUUUUGUAGUGUCCAUUGUAAUAUUUCCUUUUUCAUCCAGUAUGUUAAUAAUUUGAGUUUUCUCUCUCCUUCUCUUCAUUAGCAUGGAUAGCAUGGUUUGUCGAUUUUAUUUAUUUUUUUCAAAGAAUCAACUUUUUGUUCUGUCAAUUUUUUCAAUUGUUUGUUUCAAUUUUACUGAUUUCAGCUCCGAUUUUAAUUAUUUCCAGUCUUCUACUGCUUUUGGUGUAGAUUUGUUCUUUUUCCAGCUUUGAGAUGUAAUGUUAACUUUUUGUAAUGUUGACUUUUUCUUCUUUUAAGGAAUGAAUUCCAUGCAAUGAACUUUCCGCUUAGAACUACCUUCAUAGUGUCCCAGAGAUUUUGAUAAGUUGUAUCUGUGUUCUCAUUCACCUCUAAUUUUUUUUAAUCUCCUCCCUGAUAUCUUCUGCAACCCCUUAUUCAUUCAGUAGCAUAUUAUUUAGUCUCCAGGUGCUGGAGUAGCUUUUAUUUCUUAUUUUAUCAUUGAUUCCUAAUUUCAUUCCAUUAUGAUCUCAUAGAAUGCAGGGUAGUAUCUCUACUUUUUUAUAUUUGCUAAUAGUUGCUUUGUGGCAUAGUAUAUGGUCUGUUCUAGAGAAGGAUCCAUGUGCUGCUGAGAAGAAAAUAUAUUUACUCGUUGAAGGAUGAAAUAUUCUAUAUAUGUCAGUUAAGUCUAUGUUAUUGAUUGUAUUAUUGAGUUCUAUAGUUUCUUUGUUCAGCUUUUGUUUGGAAGACCUAUCCAGUGGUGAAAGAGGUGUGUUAAAGUCACCCAGAAUUAUUGUGUUGUGGUCAAUUUGGUUCUUGAAAUUGAGAAAAGUUUGAUUAAUGUAGAUGCUCCAUUGUUUGGGGCAUAUAUUUAUAAUUGUCAAGUCUUGGUGUCUGGUAUGGUUCCCUUGAGCAGUAUGUAGUGUCUUUCUUUAUCCCUUUUUAUUAACUUUAAUUUUAUUUGAUAUGAGGAUGGAAACCCCUAUUUGCUUCCCCAGUCCAUGAGUGGGGAAAUGAAGGAUACAAUGAACACUAUGAUACAAUAUACACUAUGAGUGGUAUGAUUUUUCUCAACCCUUCACCUUCAGUCUGUGGAUGUCAUUUCCUAUGAGUCUCUUGGAGGCAGCAUAUUGUUGGGUCUUUUUUUUUUUUUUAUCCAAUCUGCUAGUCUGUCUUUUGAUUGGUGAAUUUAGGCCAUUAAUAUUCAGGGUUAUUAUAGAGACAUGAUUUGUAUUCCCAACCAUUUUUGGUAUUUAUCGUGACUUGGUUUCCUCCUCUGAUUAGAUUUUCCUUUAGUGUAAUACCUCCCUCUGCUGAUUUUCAUCAUUGUUUUUCAUUUCCUCUUGGUGGAAUAUUUUGCUGAGGAUGUUCUGUAGUGCAGGCUUUCUAGUUGUAAAUUCUUUUGACUUUGGUUUAUUAUGGAAGAUUUUUAUUUCAUCAUCAAAUCUAAAGCUUAAUUUUGCUGGAUAUAAGAUUUUUGGGGCCACAUUGACAUUGAUCCGCUGCCGCGUUACGAAAUGGCGCAUUGGCCCGCAAUGGCCGCCGCCUAGCUGCGCCGCUGAGAAGGAGCGCGGGAUUGGAGGAGCAGUCAGGAGGCGGCCCGGUAGAAAUGCCGCAGAUGGCUUCGAGGGCCACGAUCCAAAGGAACCAGAGCAAUUGAGGAAGCUGUUUAUUGGUGGUCUGAGCUUUGAAACUACAGAUGAUAGUUUAAGAGAACAUUUUGAGAAAUGGGGCACACUCACAGAUUGUGUGGUAAUGAGAGACCCCCAAACCAAACGUUCCAGGGGCUUUGGUUUUGUGACUUACUCUUGUGUUGAAGAGGUGGAUGCAGCAAUGUGUGCUCGGCCACACAAGGUUGAUGGGCGUGUAGUGGAACCAAAGAGAGCUGUUUCUAGAGAGGAUUCUGUAAAGCCUGGUGCCCAUCUAACAGUGAAGAAAAUUUUUGUUGGUGGUAUUAAAGAAGAUACAGAAGAAUAUAAUUUGAGAGAUUACUUUGAAAAGUAUGGCAAGAUUGAAACCAUAGAAGUUAUGGAAGACAGACAGAGUGGGAAAAAGAGAGGAUUUGCUUUUGUAACUUUUGAUGAUCAUGAUACAGUUGACAAAAUUGUUGUUCAGAAAUACCACACUAGUAAUGGGCAUAAUUGUGAAGUGAAAAAGGCCCUUUCUAAACAAGAGAUGCAGUCUGCUGGAUCACAAAGAGGUCGUGGAGGUGGAUCUGGCAACUUUAUGGGUCGUGGAGGAAACUUUGGAGGUGGUGGAGGUAACUUUGGCCGUGGUGGAAACUUUGGUGGAAGAGGAGGCUAUGGUGGUGGAGGUGGUGGCAGCAGAGGUAGUUAUGGAGGAGGUGAUGGUGGAUAUAAUGGAUUUGGAGGUGAUGGUGGCAACUAUGGUGGUGGUCCUGGUUAUAGUAGUAGAGGAGGUUAUGGUGGUGGUGGACCAGGAUAUGGAAACCAAGGUGGUGGAUAUGGUGGUGGAGGAGGAUAUGAUGGUUACAAUGAAGGAGGAAAUUUUGGUGGUGGUAACUAUGGUGGUGGUGGGAACUAUAAUGACUUUGGAAAUUACAGUGGACAACAGCAAUCAAAUUAUGGACCCAUGAAGGGGGGCAGUUUUGGUGGAAGAAGCUCUGGCAGUCCCUAUGAUGGUGGUUAUGGAUCUGGUGGUGGAAGUGGUGGAUAUGGUAGCAGAAGGUUUUAAAAACAGCAGAAAAGGGCUACAGUUCUUAGUAGGAGAGAGAGCGAGGAGUUGUCAGGAAAGCUGCAGGUUACUUUGAGACAGUCGUCCCAAAUGCAUUAGAGGAACUGUAAAAAUCUGCCACAGAAGGAACGAUGAUCCAUAGUCAGAAAAGUUACUGCAGCUUAAACAGGAAACCCUUCUUGUUCAGGACUGUCAUAGCCACAGUUUGCAAAAAGUGCAGCUAUUGAUUAAUGCAAUGUAGUGUCAAUUAGAUGUACAUUCCUGAGGUCUUUUAUCUGUUGUAGCCUUGUCUUUUUUCUUUUUCUUUUCAUUACAUCAGGUAUAUUGCCCUGUAAAUUGUGGUAGUGGUACCAGGAAUAAAAAAUUAAGGAAUUUUUAACUUUUCAA